CUAGAGACAGGUGUGAAUAAAUGCCGAAACAACAAAAAAGUCUGAUUGAAAAGAGUAAAAAAAAUUGAACAAAAAUUGGUUGACUGGUCUCAAACAAACCCGUCAGAAGACAAAAAAAUGAAAGUCUUGAAAUUUGAAAUACAAUUUGUGUCCUUAAAUAGAUGAAAAAGGUGCACACUACAGACCGGAGAAUGGAGCAAGUCGAGUCAUCUAACAACACCAACAACAGCUCCAGUCCGAAAGAACAGAUGAGUCAUCCCAAGAGUGCACUCGCUACCGCACCCAGCGGACAACAGAAGGGCGAGUUUAAGAAGGUCAAAUCGAAAGAGGUUUUCUUUGGAGAUGAGGUCUCGCACCCAAUCGAAAAAGCCCAGCUUGAAACGGAACGAGGGCGUGAAAACUCCAUUACUGAACUGCACCAGGAGUCGGGUCUGAAGUCUCCGGCGGGUAAGUUCGACCCCACUGUGAAACCCCACGAGGACCUCAAGAGACAGAUGUCGGAGAGUCUUCUGCAGAAGAGGAAGAGCAUAAGUGAAGAACAGCUGAAGAUGAAAAAGGGAAUGGCCAAAUCUAAUCUGGACUUCGCAAAACUCACCGCGAAAGACAUUCUGCCGCAUGAGUCCUUCCCCCACUCAAACACGGGUGAGUUUUUGCGCUGUGUGGUGGACGAACUGAUCGACUUCAUGGGUCAGACGCACGACAGAGCCCAGCCGGUGCUCGAGUUCCACCACCCGGCACAGCUGAGGGGCAAUCUGGACCUGGACGUGCCGGAAACUCCAGAACACCUGGCCCAGUUGCUGAGUGACAUCAAAGAUACCUGUCGAUAUGCGGUCAAGUCAGGUCAUCCCCGUUUCUUCAAUCAGCUGUCAUGUGGAAUGGACGUCACUUCCAUUGCGGGAGAGUGGCUCACAGCAACUAUCAACACCAACAUGUUCACUUACGAAGUGUCUCCCGUAUUUGUGAUUAUGGAGCGGAUGGUGUUGAAGAGGCUUAGAGAACUUGUCGGCUGGGCGGAUGGAGCCGGGGACGGAAUCUGUGCACCAGGCGGGACUAUUUCUAACUUGUACGCCCUGAUGUUGGCCAGACACAAGUACUUCCCACAGCUGAAACACACUGGACUGAAGCCAGAAAAACAGCUGUGCAUGUUUGUGUCCAAAGAGUCGCAUUACUCGUACAAGAAUGCAGCAAUGAUCACUGGUAUCGGAAUCAACAAUUGCAUCCCAAUUGAAACCGACGCAAGGUGCAACAUGGACCCAAAAGAUUUGGAGGCCAAAAUUCAAAAAGUUAAAAAGGAGGGCAAGCACCCCCUGUUCCUGGGUCUAACUAUGGGCACAACUGUGGUGGGGGCAGUGGACCAGAUCAGACAGCUGGCACCAAUCGCCAACAAGCACGACCUAUGGAUACAUGUGGAUGCCGCGUGGGGUGGAGGAGUUCUGAUGUCGAAUAAGUGGAAGCACAUCCUGGAUGGAAUACACCUGGCCGACUCUGUGACGUGGAACCCUCACAAACUCCUCGGUGUGACACUGCAAUGCUCGGCUCUACUAGUCAAAGAAGACGGUAUUCUGGAGAGCUGCAAUGCUCUGCACGCCGACUACUUGUUCCAACAGGACAAGCACUACGACGUCUCCUAUGACACAGGCGACAAGGCCAUCCAGUGCGGUCGUCAUGUGGACAUUUUCAAAUUCUGGCUCAUGUGGCGUGCCAAGGGCAGGGUGGGCAUGGAGGCACACGUGAACCUCAUGUUCGACCUCAGAGACUACCUGGUCCAGCUGAUCCACGAAAAGCAGGGCUUUCAGAUGGUGUUCGAAGAGCCGCAGUUCCUGAAUGUGUGUUUCUGGUAUAUUCCUGAGUGCAUUCGGGGAAUGCCCGAGGGCCAGGCCAGAACCAAGAAGCUGCACAAGGUGGCACCCAUAAUCAAGGGCAGGAUGAUGAACAAGGGUGAUCUGAUGGUGGGCUACCAGCCCCUCUUCUCCAUCCCUAACUUCUUCCGAAUGGUCAUCUCCAACCAGGCCAGUCGAAGGGAGGACAUUCUCUACGUGGUGGAGGAGAUCGACAGACUGGGACACGACAUUGAACUCUAAUCCAUCAUCUAGAUACUUAAUGCAUCAUCUGUACUUAGUUUCUGGGCUCUUUAGCACUAAACGGCGGCCCAAAAAAGAAGAACAAUCGAACUAUUUCGAUUUGCGAAAAUUCAACAUAACUUCUUCUUGAAUUUGAUAGGCUAAUUUUUUGUCGUUUCAAGAAAGGCGCAGGGUUUCUCAGUUCAAGAUUGGUUCAAAGUUUUGAAGGUAAAGAUUUUAAACAUUGUUUUGCGGGCCGUUUAGUAGUUUAGUCCAAAAGACCCCUUUUAUGUUACACGGCUCAAACAUUACAGAAUGUUUCAUGCGAGAUUUGGUUUCAAAUUAAGGUUCAGAUAUUGUAUCUAGUAAAUAAUAUAGAACAGUUUUUAAAAUAACAACAAAAAUCAUUUUGGUUCGUAUAAUAACAAAAACCUAUAGUUUCUCUUAAUAAAAUUAAGAUUAAAAAACCAAAAACAUUCCCCUGACACUUGCACAAAAAAGUACAUACGAACUUAUGGAAUUUUAAAGUCUACUUCAUAACAAGGGAACAUCUUCGCCUUUCAUGUAUUUUGUCAUAGAAAUUUUCUAAGUUGAAGUUAGUAAUCAAUUUACUACCGCAACUCACGGGUUCUUAAUACAUUUGAUCAGGUCAUCUUUCUCCCUUUCCUGGAAGCCUUCUUUUUGAGAUAUAAGACAAAAAAAACAGAAAUUUUAGAAUUGAGACACUAUUAAAAUACCAUUAUCUAUCGCACGCCAAGUAUGUGCAUAUUUUGAUUGACAAAAAAAUCGAAAGCAAAGUAUAUCAAAUUUAUCUUAUUCCUAGGGCGCAGUUAUAAUUAAUUAGCAAAAUUAAUUUUUUUGUUGUAUUUAUUUUCCUAUUUGCACGCAACUGAACUGUAGCUUCCUGUUUAAUAUUCUGCAAUUUUCGUGCAAUUUUAUAUACUCAGUUUCAAGAAGCAAACAUGUCAUCAACUGUAUUUGUAUCAACGAAGCUAGUCUCGAGUAUAAUAUUUUUUUAUUUCAAUAACUAAGCAUGAAUUUAUAUUGACAACAUUGCAGUACACGUCGAUAUUUAACCACAAUAGUAGUUUUAGCUGAUGUUAUUGUCUAAACAUUUCUAUUUUGAUAUUAUGGAAUUGGAUGUCCAGGUUGCAUAGCUGUUACCAAA